AUGCCUGCGCGGGAUCAAGAGCAACCCGACCGGCGUCAAGGCUCAGGGAGCUCCGCAAUAUCACAAGAAACGGUACGAAACGUCGAGAACUUACGCCGGACCCCAAAUGAUCCCUCAUCCAACGGUCGCAAUGAAGAUAUCUUCCCAGGUACCCUGAUGGACAGAUCCACUGCGUCCCAAGCUCCGAUCAACUUUGGCCAGUUCAGAUGGUCCCCAGACGUCUCCCCAACAGAAGAACGCAAAGGCUCCGGGUACAGCGGUCACCGCAAGGCGCUGGCUUUUCUUGGAGCCGGCGACGAAGCGUCUCGAUCAAUAUCUAACAGUCCGCGACCCCCGCCGAUUAUUCCUCCUCGCCGCGAUCAAGAUGAAAUGGACUCGAUUGCCCCGUGGGCUACAACACCUGGUACUUCUGCUGGUCAGACGUUUCUCAAUGAUAAUUCCGAGUAUGAACAGUCUCCUGCAUCCGCAACAUUUCGCCGUCCCACGACCGGACGCACGGCAUCGAGUGAACCGGCUGAGAUGGAUUGGAAUGGAGAUCGCCGGAGGCCCUCUGCUGUGAGCAUGACGAGCAGCCAAGGCUCAAAGUCGAGCCAGAAGCGCCUGAGAAAGAAGACAAAGACUUCAGUCGGUGAAGAAACCUCGGCAUUUGAUGAGCCCGAAGAUAGUCCGUCAAAUCCACCCAGCAGACGUGGGGGACCAAUCGAUCAGUUGAAGGCCCGAGAAAGAGCCAACUCGGACGGUUCAGAUGCAACUGGAUCGCAGCGGCCCUCACGGCCACGAGCAGAAGGUUCUUUGCCUUCAAGUGACAUCACUCCGUGGGUGUAUCAAAGCUACCACGAUAUUCCCCAGUAUGGCGAAGCUCCGGUACGGCAGGUUCCCAUCGGACCUGAUGGUCAGCGUCUUCCCUCCCAAGGUAGCGCUAGCUCUGCACACAGAGAUUCAACUCGAAGAACGCACAAUGGACACCGCCACUCUCGAAGCAAAGAAGAAAAACCGACCCUCGCAGGGGAUCUUGCCGGAUACCACGCUCGUCCGGGUGGGCGCGACGAUUUCAAUGUUGGCCUUAGACCGUGGAACGACAGUUACCUGAACUCUUCUACUGCCAUGAGCUCCACGUCCACUCUUGGCGGUCGUUCGACUAGCCCGACUCCUAGCGUACAAAGCGCAAUUUACCGUGAACAUGGCCAAAAUUCACCUGGAGGCCUACCGAACAAAAGUGGCCUUCUGGGCAGGAUCGGACGACACCUGUUGCCAGGGUCACAUAAGCCGCAUGAAAAGUCCAAACGCGACUAUUCCCCUGGCCGACACAGACAAGGUAGCAUCGAAGGCCCCUCUAGUAGUGGCCGGUAUCUAGAAUCGGCAGACUCUGGGCAAAAGAAGGAGUCUGGCAAAGGUCUUGGUGGUAUCCGUGGGCCCAAGUUCGGCAACCGCCGCUUCGCCAGCAAUCUGACUGGAGAUUUUGCCCCGCGAGAUGACGCACAUCGGGGAGAGGAUGGCAAGCAUGUCUUCAAGCUCGACACUGAUCUCGAGAAUGUGGAUGAUAUUGUCCGUUCAACUUCACCGGGUCGUGUGCCUCGUGGAGCGGAAGGAACAACUACACCCCAUGAAGAUCCGAACCGGCCUGAUACCCAGGCAAGUGUGGGUGCCGAUAGCUGGCAUGCGCCUGAUAGUUGGCAUGUCAAGAAGCAAAAGGAUCUUUUGGAAUCCUCACAGGGCGGUUCCAAGCCGACUACCGCGCUUCGUGAUCGCGAUGGUGCAUCUUUCUUCAUUCGAGUUUUCCGCAUUGACUCCACCUUUGCUACCCUUUCAGCGGGCUUGGACGCAACUGUUGCGGAAAUUCUUUACAUGCUUGGCAAAAAGUCGUUCUUGCAGGACCAUCUCAACAACUACGAGAUCGUGCUUCGGAAGAAUGACUUGUCUCGACAGCUCGACCACAAGGAGAGGCCAAUUCUAAUGCAGAAGCAGCUUCUGGAACAAGUUGGCUAUACGGAAAGAGAUCGGAUAGAGGAUGUUGGUCGCGAGGACCAUAGCUACCUCUGCCGCUUUAUUUUUCUACCGACGAAGCUGAGCGGAUACACCAGUCUGGAAGCCGACCCCGGUUUCAGCAAGAUGCAAAAGUUCAGUCAUGUGGAUCUCCAGGGCCGAAGCCUCGUCACAAUCCCAAUUACACUAUACAAGAAAUCAUCGGAGAUUAUUUCUUUGAACUUGUCUAGGAAUCUCUCCUUGGAUGUGCCAAAGGAUUUCAUACAGAGCUGCAUCAACUUACGAGAGAUCAAGUUCAUUGGCAAUGAAGCUUCGUAUCUCCCUACAAGUUUCAGUCUGGCCAGCCGCUUGACCUACUUGGAUGUGUCAAACAAUUUCCUAGAGAAUUUGGACGACGCACAGCUUGACCAGCUCCAAGGCUUGGUCAGUAUCAAAUUGUCCAACAACCAGUUGACGAGCUUGCCUAGCUACUUUGGAAAAUUCAAUUUCUUGAGAAGCUUAAGCAUGUCAUCGAACAGCUUCAAGGUCUUCCCAGAAUUCAUUUGCGACCUGAAAAGCUUGGUCGAUCUCGAUAUCAGCUUCAAUGGCAUUGAGUCGCUUCACAAUAUCGGCCGAUUGACCACCUUGGAGCGCCUUUGGAUGACAAAUAACAACAUCAGCGGGUCCCUUGAUGCUUCUUUCAAAGAAUUGGUGAAUCUGAAGGAGAUUGAUGGACGAUUCAAUGCAAUCUCAAGCAUUGACGCUCUAUCCCGCUUACCGAAGCUCGAGCAGGCGUCUUUCGGUCACAACUUAAUCUCUCGGUUCAGAGGAGCAUUCCCGAGGUUACGCAGCCUGCACAUAGAUCACAAUCCCUUGACACAGUUUGAUAUUGACAGCCCUAUGCCAACGCUGACUUCUCUCAACCUUGCAUCUGGCAAGCUCUCUCAAUUCCGGGAUGCCAUGUUUGACAACAUUACGAACGUUACAAAGCUCAUCCUCGACAAGAAUCAUCUAUCGUCAGUUUCGAUACAGAUUGGCAAAUUGCGUCGCCUAGAGCAUUUCAGUAUCAUCAAGAACCCUCUCUCCUCUUUGCCUACAACCAUCGGCUGUCUGGUGGAGCUCAGAGAGUUUAACUUGAGGGAGUGCAAUCUCAAGUCCCUGCCGGAAGAAAUUUGGCAUUGUGUGAAGCUGGAAACCCUGAAUGUCUCCACUAAUUUGUUGUCGACCUUUCCUAAACAUGGCGCCCCGCAGCCUUUGGUCCCCGGCGAGCCAACCACAACCCCUGCCACAACUCCCGGCGUUAUUGGAAACCCAAGCUAUGAGGAAUUGGGUCCACUCGAUGAAGUGAACUUCCGCCGACCCAGUCAAGCAUCCAGCGGAGCCUUAGCAUCUGGUACAUCGCCAACUGGGACAUAUCGAAAUCCAUCGACUACUCCGUCUACUGGACAGUCAACAAAUGGCAGAAAGGUAUCAGGGACCCCGCGAUCAGGCAACACGGAACCAAGCUCAUCUUCUCGAAAGGAUUCAAACUUCUCGCAGCACGGGGUAGCAAUGAGCUUUGCCGGGUCCUUGCGAAACCUUCACCUCGCCGAUAACCGCCUGGACGAUGACAUUUUUAGCGAACUGGCCCGCCUUCCUGAAUUACGCGUCGUUAAUCUCUCCUACAACGAGAUUACAGAAUUGCCUCAGGGUGUCCUCAAACGAUGGCCCAAUCUUUCCGAGCUCUAUCUGUCUGGCAAUGAGUUGACUUCGCUCCCAUCCGAUGAUCUGGAGGAAGGCAGUCAAUUGAAGGUUCUUCACAUCAACGCCAACCGAUUCCAAGUCUUACCUGCAGAGCUGUGUAAGGUCAGCAAGCUCUCUAUUCUGGAUGUCGGAAGCAACGGGUUGAAAUACAACGUCUCCAAUUGGCCCUAUGACUGGAACUGGAACUGGAAUCGAAGCUUGAAGUACCUGAACUUCUCGGGCAAUAAGCGCCUCGAGAUCAAGCCCAACAUCGCAUCCCUGGGCCAACCAAUCACAAAUGGUGCUGACUUGACUGACUUUGCCUCUUUGACUCACCUUCGGGUUCUGGGUCUGAUGGACGUGACUCUCACGAUUCCUACAAUCCCAGAAGAGAGCGAAGAUCGCCGUGUGAGAACGUCUGCAUCUUUGGCAGGUUCACUUGCGUAUGGUAUGGCAGAUACUCUCGGUCGGACCGAGCACCUGUCCAUUAUCGAUAUGAUUGUGCCCCGUUUGAAGCCGGAUAACGUCGAAACACUGAUGGGUAUGUUCGACGGUUCGACAAUGUCGAGCGGUGGUUCUCGCGUUGCGAAAUACUUGCAUGAGCACUUUACCCCGACCUUUUCUCAUGAGCUUAAGAAGCUCCAUCGGGAUCAGGAUGAAACUCCAACCGAUGCUCUCAGGCGUGCAUUCUUGGCUCUGAACAAGAAUAUGGCUGGGUCAGCAUACAGAUCGAUUGAUGAUCGUGAGCUUCGGCAGUAUAACCGUCGAACCACCGCCUCGAAACAGCUUAACCAGGAUGAUAUUCAAUCUGGUGGUGUUGCAACUGUGUUGUAUUUGAACAACAUGGAUUUGUACGCUGCCAAUGUCGGUGAUGCUCAGGCCAUUCUCGUGAAAUCAGAUGGUUCCUUCCGCAAUCUGACGCAGAAUCACGAUCCUGCUGAGCCCCGUGAGCGAGCGCGCAUUCGUGCUGCUGGAGGGUUCGUGUCUCGCAAUGGAAAGCUGAAUGAUGUUCUCCCUGUGUCGAGAUGCUUCGGUCACUUCCCAAUGAUGCCUGCCGUCAUUGCGGCUCCGCACACUAUGCACGCCACUUUGACCGAACAGGAUGAAAUGAUCAUUCUAGCCUCCAAGGAAUUAUGGGACUUUGUGGCACCCGAAUUGAUGGUUGAUAUCACCAGGGGAGUUUACCCGGACCUGAUGUUCGCUGCUCAAAAGCUUCGAGAUCUGGCCAUUGCAUUCGGUGCAAACAACAAAUUGAUGGUGAUGAUCCUCGGCGUGAGCGAGCUCCAAAAGCGACAGAAGAAGUGGCCUCGUCCCAGCAUGUCUUUGGGACCCUCUGCGUUCUCUGACGAACAGAUCAUCUCGACAACCAAGAUCCGCAAGAGGCCUCGUGAUGUCCCUGGAGAUUCUCGCCUAGCUCGCUUCGAUUACGUGGAUGCUCCGGUUGGUGAGCUGGUAAUCAUUUUCACCGAUAUCAAGAAGUCCACGGGUCUGUGGGAGACUUGUCCAGAAGCAAUGCGCUCAGCCAUCCAAAUCCACAAUGACAUCCUGCGACGACAGCUUGGUAUCAUCGGUGGCUACGAAGUUAAGACAGAAGGAGACGCCUUCAUGGUGGCCUUUGCAACCACGACUGCCGCCUUGCUGUGGUGCUUCAAUUGCCAGAAUCAGCUGCUAGAAGCUGAGUGGCCUACUGAGAUUCUCGAGCAGCCGCAGUGUCAGGUUGUCGUUGACAUGGAGGACAACGUUAUCUUCCGUGGCCUAUCCGUCCGCAUGGGUGGACAUUGGGGCGAGCCUGUUUGCGAGAAAGAUCCUGUCACCAACCGCAUGGAUUAUUUCGGACCCAUGGUGAAUCGAGCAUCUCGAAUCUCUGCUGUCGCCGACGGCGGACAGAUCUUCGUUUCGUCUGACUUUAUGACCGACAUCCAGCGCAACCUUGAGAUCUUUGCCGACGCUGAGCGCUCGGCAUCCACCAGCUCGAACGAGAGCCAUCCGCGCGUUGAUAGUCUUGGACAGAACAUCCGCCGCGAGCUGAACCAACUCAAUAGCCAGGGCUUCGUGAUCAAGGACCAAGGUGAACGGAAGUUGAAGGGCCUCGAAAACCCAGAGCCUCUGUACCUCGUCUACCCUCACGCUCUUGCUGGCCGCCUGACAACUAUCGAAGAAUCAACCGGGGAGACUAGUGGUCCAGCUACGCUUAAGCCUGGAUCAGAACUCGAUCUCAAGACCGAUCUGAUCUGGCAUUUAUGGGAUGUUACCCUUCGUCUGGAACGUCUCUGCGGUGCUCUGGAGAACCCCAACAAUCCACGGCUCCGCGAACCAAACAUUGCGCUGUUCAACAUGGUCAAGAACCACGGUGGCGAGUUAAACGACUCGACCGUGAUAAGCCUAGUCGACCAACAAGUCACCCGCAUCGAGGCAACCGUCAACACCCUCUCCGUACGACACAUGAUGCGUCCCUUCAAGCCCGGCGACCGCCUAGAAGACCACGCUGUCCCCAUCGGCGAAGUCAUGCAACAACUAGCCACCCAGCUAGCUGAAUACCGCGCACUUAAGGAGCAAAUGGCCGUCGGAAAUUCAUGCCUCGGCAGUGUGCCACCGGCCCGAUAUGGUUCCCCCAUGCACAUCACCACCAGCGGACGUAACAACGACAUCUCUGCUUCCUCAUCCUUCCUGAAUCUCGCGGCGGAAACACCUCGCUCCUUUGAGUUCCCGAAUAGCACCCGUUAA